AUUUACUCUCUUCUGAACAUAUGCAUACAAGAAAGACAAGCUAAUAAUAGCAAGAGCGAGUAACAUGGCAGGCAGUGGUGUGUUUAAAGAGAUAAUCGACGAAGAUGGUGUGUACAGAUUAUACUUCAAUGGCGAAUGGAGAAAAUCUUCAUCAGGAAAGUCAGUGGCCAUCAUCAAUCCCACAACCAGACAGACACAGUUCAGAAUUCAAGCUUGUACGCAGGAAGAGGUGAAGAAGAUUGUUGAAACAUCAAAGGCAGUGCAGAAGUCAUGGGCAAAGACCCCACUUUGGAUAAGAGCAGAAUUGCUUCACAAAGCAGCUGCAAUAUUGAAAGAGCACAAAGUACCGAUUGCAGAGUGCCUUGUUAAAGAGAUUGCCAAACCCGCUAAGGAUGCAGUGAAUGAAGUUGUGAGAUCAGGUGAUUUGGUGUCAUAUUGUGCUGAGGAAGGCGUUAGAAUUCUUGGAGAAGGACGGUUUCAGGUUUCUGAUAGUUUCCCGGGAACCGAGAGGACCAAAUACUGCCUCACGUCAAAGAUACCCUUGGGGGUUGUUUUAGCUAUCCCUCCUUUCAACUAUCCUGUCAACCUUGCUGUUUCUAAAAUUGCUCCAGCACUUAUUGCUGGAAAUUCCACUGUGCUCAAGCCUCCAACACAGGGUGCCGUGGCUGCGCUUCACAUGGUACAUUGCUUUCAUUUGGCUGGUUUUCCUAAAGGUCUAAUUAGCUGUGUCACAGGAAAAGGUUCUGAGAUUGGUGACUUCCUCACAAUGCACCCAGGGAUCAACUGUAUUAGUUUCACAGGUGGUGAUACUGGAAUUGCGAUCUCAAAGAAGGCAGGCAUGGUUCCUCUUCAGAUGGAACUUGGUGGAAAAGAUGGCUGUAUCAUACUCGAAGAUGCUGAUUUGGAUUUGGCUGCAGCCAACAUUGUGAAGGGAGGUUUUUCUUACAGUGGUCAAAGAUGCACAGCUGUGAAGGUUGUCUUGGUCAUGGAAUCUGUUGCCAAUACUCUUGUUGAGAAAGUUAAAGCGAAAGUCGCAAAACUGUCUGUUGGGCGGCCUGAGGAUGACUGUGAUAUCACUCCCGUGGUAAGUGAGUCCUCUGCUAACUUUAUUGAAGGGUUGGUGAUGGAUGCCAAGGAGAAAGGAGCAACAUUCUGCCAGGAGUACAAGAGGGAGGGAAACCUCAUAUGGCCUUUGUUGUUAGAUAAUGUUCGAGCUGAUAUGAGGAUAGCAUGGGAGGAGCCUUUUGGUCCGGUUUUGCCGGUUAUCAGGAUAAACUCAGUUGAAGAAGGAAUUAACCAUUGUAAUGCUAGCAAUUUUGGUCUUCAGGGAUGUGUCUUUACAAGAGACAUAGACAAAGCAAUUUUGAUCAGCGACGCAAUGGAGACAGGAACCGUUCAGAUUAAUUCGGCACCAGCUCGUGGACCGGAUCAUUUUCCAUUUCAGGGCCUGAAAGACAGUGGAAUCGGUUCUCAAGGAAUCACCAACAGUAUCAAUAUGAUGACAAAGACGAAGAGCACCGUUAUCAAUUUACCAACGCCGUCUUACACCAUGGGUUGAUGCUGGAUAUGGCCGUUAACAAGUGAUAAAAUAAAUCAUGUUUCUUGUAUAAAGUCAUCUUCCUAGUAUAUAAAUAAUCUGCAAAUAAGAAUGUAUGUUUGCUUCUCAGCAUUCUGCAACCGAGAUGUAGCCACAGAGGUAUAGAGCUUCACCUUAUAUUUUGUAAUCUUGAGAUCUGCUGUGUUAUAGUUCCUUUCAGGAAUGGUUCUUGUUCUAUUUUCUACUGCCCAUUGUACUAAGACUAUUAGCAGGAGAUUCAUGAAUGGUAAGGAAGAUCAACCGCAUUUUAAAAA